AUGAAAGCUACCUACGACAUCAUCCCUUCAGAUUCCUUGGUCUAAUUAAUUAAUUCCUCUUAUGAACUUGAUCAAAUGACAAACAAAUGGAUGUUUGGAGAGGAAGAUCAUCAGCAAGUUUCCCCUCCUCAUCAUGAUCAAAUAAGGAAGUACAGACAACUCGACAAACAUAAUGAAUCAAUCAUAAAUAAUAACAAAGACUUAUUUAAUGUAAACUAUUCUAAAAGUGUAUAUGUUAAUAAAAUAAACUCUUUGAUUGAAAUUGCCCCCACUUGCCAAGAAUCUUCUUUGGCAAUUAAAAAAGAAUAAAAGACUUAUCUUAAAACAAAGAAACAAUUUGACAAAGAUAAUGGAUACUAUCACGAGGAACAAGGUUUCGAUGACAGCAACAAAAUAAAGCUAGCCAAGAACAGACAGUCUGCAAGAGACUCUAGAAAACGUAAGAAAAUAUAUGUGGAACUUCUUGAAUUAAAGGUAGCCGAAUUAGGCAAACAAAUCGAAGUUCUCCAAAAAAACCUUGACUAACAGAAUAUAUUCAUAAAUCACUGUGUCAAGAUACCCUCUCUUAUAUCCGAUUUUAAUUUAAGUUAUUAAAACUAAUUCUAAGUUCUCACUUAGAACAUCACCAAAAAGCAAUUGUAAAUUUUGGAUGAUGAAUUUGGAGUCAAUUCCGAGAAAAGAGAUUAUCUAUGUAAUAUCAUCUUUAAUACUCUGGUCGAUCACAUCUUGCCUUUCGAUUUGAAAAAAACAAUUGAAACAGCAAUUAAUAAUCUUGGCAUCUUCAAAGUCGGAGAACAAUAGGAAAUCAAACAAUUGAUCGAAUUCUAACAAUAGUUCACCUAAAGUUAUAAAAAAUUUGAACUAGCUGCCUUUGAUAUGGCCAAGUCUUACGAAUACAUAAAGAGAGAGGCAGAAAAACUUGAAAAACUCAAACAUUAAAUGGUCUAGCUUUUGGGACCUCAAAAAUACGUCAAAAAUAUUCUUGACAUUCAACAAAUACAGCAACAAUAGAUUAUAGUCAAAGAAGAGGAUAUCAACUAGAAAGGUUAUACGAAAUAUGAAUUAUGA